AUGUUCGAUACAGUGUGCACAUUGCCGCUCUCGUCGGACCUGUUCGCACAGGCUAUUCACUCACGGGAGCCUGUCGUAUCCGUCGGUCUAGCUAGCGGCCACGUCCAGACCUUCCGAUUGCCAUCUGAAGAUGCUGACGAAGAUGACACAGCGUCCAAUUCAUCCUCGCGCAAUGGUAAGGGUCACAUUGACACAAUGUGGACCACAAGACGACACAAGGGCAGCUGCCGGUGCUUGGGCUUUGGAGUUGACGGAGAUAUGCUUUACUCUGCUGGCACUGACGGCCUGGUGAAGAUUGCCAAGACUGAAAGUGGUCGGGUUGAGAACAAGAUUGCAAUCCCUCUUGAGAAAAGCGGAGCGAUUGAUUCUCCGACCGUGAUUCACGCACUUUCUCCCCAGACUCUUCUACUCGCGACAGACUCCAGUGCUUUACAUCUUUAUGAUCUGCGAAUCCCUUACUCUAAAAUUUCAGCUCGGCCUGAACAGUCCUACCAUCCCCAUGACGACUAUAUCUCAUCUCUGACUCCCCUACCAGCGUCUGAAACUAGCACUUCUGGCUUCAGUAAGCAAUGGGUCACCACUGGCGGAACAACGCUGGCUGUGACAGAUCUACGGAGAGGAGUGCUAGUGCGCAGCGAGGAUCAAGAGGAGGAACCCAUCAGCUCGGCCUACAUGGGAGGCUUGGCUUGCAGCGGAACCAGUCGGGGUGAGAAGAUCAUCGUUGGUGGAUCCAACGGUGUUGUGACACUAUGGGAGAAGGGCGCGUGGGACGACCAAGACGAGCGAAUCUACGUUCGUGGUGGUGAUGAUGGCGGCGAGUCAAUUGAGACAUUGGCCGUCGUACCCAAUGACCUUGGAAUGGGCAAGAUGGUUGGAGCUGGUCUAGCCAACGGAUUAGUCAAGUUUAUUCGCAUUGGACCCAACAAGGUCGUGUCAGAGGUCCAGCAUGACGAGACUGAGGGUGUCGUGGGUCUUGGAUUUGAUGUUGAGGGUCGCAUGGUUUCCGGUGGUGGACAGAUAGUCAAAGUUUGGCAUGAAGCUGCCGUUGGGGGUGAUUCCCUGGCCGGUGAAAAGCAUGAGCUUGGUAGCGACGACAGUGAUGAUUCUGAUUCUGAUGACAGUGACCGUGAGGUUCGUCAAAGCGCAAAGGAGAACAAGAAGCGGAAGAAGACCAAGAAGGACCGCAGUGGUGGACAGCAUGUCAUGGCUUUCCACGAUUUGGACUGA